AUGGCGAAUAGCGAAGAUGUUAUCGUGCCAGCGGACCUGGAAGAUGACGUUGCUGGGUCAGCAUCGGCGUUGCGCGUGUCGCCAUGGUGCGCGCCGUGGCUGUGGUCGGCGGUUAAGGUGGUGCUGCUCGUGCUGCUCUGGCACACCUUCAGCACGGCGCUCUCCCUUGGUGCCCACGGCAGUGGCCACAUCGCUUCACAUUGCCCUCUCCAGCUUCUCCCUCGCGCUCGUCACCCGCACCUUCUACUCCAUGUGGUGGGGGAGACGGAGUUUGAGCUGCUGGGCUUCAUCUUCGUCAUGCUGGCCUCAUUCAUGGCGGGUCUCCGAUGGGUGCUGCUGCAAGUGCUCCUCCAGCCCCAGCUCCACAGUGCCUGUGUGCUGUGCUUGCUCUCCCACACGCCACAAUCCUCCGGUUUCUCACCCUUCCUCGCAUAUUUGCUAUGGUCACGCCAUCCUCAUGCCACUAUCUCCUUUCCAGUCCUCCUAGUUCCCCUUGCCUCCCACCAACCGCAAGUCCGCCCUCCCUCUACCCCAACAGGCCUGACCAACCCGCUGCUCACGUUGCUGCAGUAUCUGGCGCCCGUGAUGGCGCUUGUGUGCGGCAUCUUCUCGCUGCUGCACGAGCCGUGGUCCUCGCUCGCCUCCUUGCCCUACUUUGACACGUGGCCUCACUCCCUCUGGACCCUCGCCGUCAUGCCCGUGGGGGGCGUCCUCGCCUUCUGCAUGGUGGGCUGUCGCGCAACAAGGCACGUGAGUCUGAAGGCCAUCGGGUGCACGCGCUCAGUGAUGAGCUCCUCCCUCACCACCCGGGGGCAGGCCCUCGGACCAACUCUAGCUGCCUUUUGA